AUGUCUGUUAUUAAAGUCGGGGUCGUGGGUUAUGGCUUUGCUGCCAAGAACUUUCAUAUUCCUUUUAUCGUAGCAAACAGCGAUUACGAGGUCAUUGCCAUCCUGCAAAGAGCGGAGGCACCGACAGACCCGCCUUCAGUCCCAGCUGGUUCCCAUUGCAAAGUCGACUUCCCCAACAUUAGACAUUACCGCAAUGGAGAGGAUUUCUUCGCCGACCCGGACAUCCAGCUCGUCGUCGUAGCUACCCACACCGAUACGCAUGCGUUUUAUGCCGAGCAAGCCCUGAAAGCAGGAAAGCACGCCAUUGUCGACAAGCCUUUUGCGAGAUCAUCUGAGGAGGCAGACCGGGUCAUCGAGCUUGCAAACAGCAAGGGUCUAAUCCUGACGUGCUUCCAGAAUCGCAGAUGGGAUGGCGAUUUUCAAACGCUGCGAAAGCUCAUCAGUGAGGACGCGCUGGGUGACAUCAGAGAGGCCGAGAUUCACUACGACUUCGAGUCGCCUCCCUGGCUAGCUGGUAUGACCAAAAAGGAGUACACCCCCGGUGAUGGCAUGGCUUUCGGUCUAGGUACCCACAGCAUCGACCAAGCUGUCGUUCUCUUUGGCCGUCCGAAGUCCGUGACUGGUUUCUUUCGCUCACAACGAGGUAUUGAAAGUGAAGUCGAGGAUUCCUUCACAAUUGUGUUGCAGUACGACGGCCCACAAAAGGAGCUCCUCGUCACUGUCAAAACCUCGGUUACCACACCCAUGGCACAGCAGUUGAAGCACCUCGUCAGGGGAACAAAGGGGUCAUGGUUGAAGUUCCAACUAAGAAGCACUUGUCCCCAGGAGGAGCAGAUAUCCGAGGGCCGCAAGCCGCUGGAACUAGGGUUCGGCGAAGAGCCGGCCGAGUUGUACGGAACUCUGACUACUAUUAAAGAGUUCGAUGGCAAGAUACAGCGUUUUGAUGAAGCAACAAACAAGUAUGUCGGCAAGUAUCCGUCGAUUGUUGGUCGCUGGCUAGGUCUCUAUGAGAACUUGGCCGACGCUAUUAAGGGUAAAGCUGUGUUGGAGGUGAAGGCGACUCAAUCUCGCGAUGCGAUUAGGAUUAUUGAGUUGGCCAGAGAGUCGCAUAAUACUGGAUCUACGCUUGCCUGGAACUAA